AUGGCCAAUUCUAUCAGGCGUAUUUUCGGUCCCCGGUCUCGUGAAGUGAGAUUUACUCAAUCUUCCACCCAAACCACACCAGAUAAUCAAGACCGUGCCGAGUCUCCCACGGAGAGAUAUGCUCAGUCCUCCACCCAAACUACACCAGAUGACCAAGACCCUCCUGCAUAUGCCACAGCAGUUGAAGUAGGAGAUUCCGGAUGUGCUACAGUAACAGACGCCGGGGAUGGUAAACAACCACCACCGCCUGACAACAUGACAGCCGACAAUAAAAACCCCCCUGAACUUAGCGAGAAUCAAGGUCGCUGCGACUGCUCUCAGCACGACGGCUGCUGUCUCGAACAUCACUCGCUGCGGCAUCCUUCAGCCUCUACUCUUGCACCAGUCCACUCUUUGAUGGCCUACCACCUUUCAUUCAAGCACCUGUCCUGCAUGCGCCGUAAGCUCGGCGAUGAAAUGCAAAAGACUAGGUACAUCCCUGAACUUUCAUGGAACUACGAGGUAAACUCUACCCUUGGUGUUGACUAUGAAAUGCUGAGUGAGGUAUAUACCUGUAAGGGUGAGUUUCUACAAAGACAACAGAUCCGUCUCAGGUACGGGCGAGGUGACAGUUCACCCGAUGGAGAGCAAUUCUUCGGCUGUCCACACCAGAGCGUCCGUGUGUCUUCACCAGUCAGAAACGAGCGCUCAAGCUUGGUUGAUGUUCAGGUGGACAUUUCCCAUCAUCCACCACGCUGCGCCUCUCAUAAGUCGCAAAGGUGGUGCAACCUCGAGGGUCAAUAUGCACACAUAGCAGUGUGUACCAUUUGCCAUUCCGAUGCAGAACUCCAGCUCAGGAUGAGUAGUCACUAUCUGAUCAUGACAUACACAUGCUACAGAAACCUGGGUACAGCUGAGGACUCUAGUGACCCUAAAUGGACCGCUCUACUCACUGGCGAGGGUCACAGGAGCCGACCAGAUAAGGAGCUUGAUUUAUACAAACAUGUUUACAAGGUAGCUUUUCGUCUUUGCCGGUCGUUGCUAGAACCAGCCCGUUAUCAGACACCGAGUGGGAUGGUAGACAUGUCUAUUAGAGAUGAUUAUUAA